CGGGAGCUGCGGCUUAAGGUACAGACAGGGCCAAGUCCAAGAACCAUACCACACACAACCAGUCCCGAAAAUGGCACAGAAAUGCUAUCAAGAAACCCCGAUCACAAAGAUACGAAUCUCUUAAGUGGGUGGACCCCAGGUUCCUGAGGAACAUGCACUUUGCCAAGAAGCACAAGAAGGGCCUCAAGAAGAUGCAGGCCAACAAUGCCAAGGCCAUGAGUGCACGUGCCGAGGCUAUCAAGGCCCUCGUAAAGCUCAAGGAGGUUAAGCGCAAGAUCCCAAAGGGUGUCAGCCACAAGCUCGAUCGACUUGCCUACAUUGCCCACCCCAAGCUUGGGAAGUGUGCUCGUGCCCGCACUGCCAACGGACUCAGGCUGUGCCGGCCAAAGGCCAAGGCCAAGGAUCAAAUCAGCGCCCAGACUGCAGCUCCAGCUUCAGUUCCAGCUCAAGCUCCCAAAGGUGCCCAGGCCCCUACAAAGGCUUCAGAGUAG